AUGAAAGAAGAUCACAGACACGGUGAAAGGCUAAUGGCCCAAAAGCAACUGAGCGGCUUGCAUUAUAUCAUAAUUUUAUACCAAAGCUUGUUAAUCUUUCUUUGGAUUCUCAUUCUGUUUGUCAAACACAUUAUAACUUAUGAUGUUUUUUAUCGAAAUCUUUUAGGUAAUUCUGAUUUAGAUCGCACAAGUCAUGAAAAUAAGAGAUCUCGAAUUGACUCUAGUUCUACUUCUGAAGGAAUAAUUGCCGAGAAUAAAGUAGCAAGUAGAAGAUCAAAGCUAGAAAUAUUGGAAUUAAAAAAACGAAUAAAUGAGUAUUGUGAAGAAAUAAUUCAAUUAAAAGGAUCAUAUCAAGAAAAAUAUAAAGAAAAUGAGGAACUUAUUAAACAAUGGAAUUCUCGGAAUUGCGAUCAGCAUAA